UGGGACUAGGAGAGCAAGAGCGGGUGGUGUAUGUGGGGAAAGGAGUUAUUUACUGUCUAUUACCCACCAACCUACACCUUGAACAGAGCACGGGCAAUAGUGCUGUCCUAUACUUACAGGAAGGCUCCGUUCUCAACUCUCUGCAUUACAGUCUCCCAUCCAGUCUGGUGAUUUCAAUCAGUCUCGCUCUCAAAAGGUUGGAGGUUCAGCAGGCUAUCUGGUCCUUUUCUUUCCCAGUUCCCCUCUUUCCCCACCCUCCUACAGGCUUGUCGGAGCAAUGCCGCAAGCCUCGGAAGCAAAAAUCGCUCAACAUGGACCAUUUGGGAAGGAACCUUCAAUAAUGGAGAAGGAUGAUGGCCUUCAAAUCAAACGUUCCCCUUCUUCACCCCAGGGUGGGCCCAAGAAGAGAUCAGCUUUUGAAGACCUUACAAAUGCUAAACAAGGUCAAGAUCUGGUUUCAAAGAAAAAACCUGGGAAGGUCGUGGGUAAGAAAACACAAAAAAGUGUCAUUGCACAAGAAACAUUGAAAAACGAAGAGAAUAAUUUAAAAAGUACAGGACCUAAAGCUUCUCUGGAGCAUCAGGACAAUGCAGGAGAACAGAAGAUGCGUAAGGUGCCAGCACCAUCAGAGGAAAAAGCAGCUGAUGUAGAUAAAUCGGCAGACCCCAAGUUGCCUGCCUAUGAUGAAGUUGAUGAAGAGAAUUUGAAAGACCCAUUCCUGAAUGCAAUCUAUGCAAAUGAUAUAUUCAACUAUAUGAAGGAGAGGGAGAAACGAUUUGUUCUAAAAGGCUAUAUGGAAAAGCAAUCAGACCUGAACAUUGAGAUGAGGGGAAUUUUGGUCGACUGGAUGGUCGAGGUACAGGAAAAUUUUGAACUGAAUCAUGAGACUCUGUACCUAGCAGUGAAGCUAGUGGAUCAUUACCUGGCAGUGGCAGUGUGUAUGAGAGAAACGCUACAACUUCUGGGUUCUACUGCAAUCCUCAUUGCUGCAAAAUUUGAUGAGCGCUGUCCUCCCUGUGUGGAUGAUUUCUUGUACAUUUGUGAUGAUGCAUAUCAAAGGGAGGAACUGCUUUCAAUGGAGGUGAACAUUCUCCGAACCCUGAAGUUUGAUAUCAAUAUUCCCGUGGCGUAUCGAUUCUUGAGAAGAUAUGCAAAGUGUGCUAGAGCCAACCUCGAGACAUUGACGCUUGCUCGUUAUAUCUGUGAGUUGACCCUGCAGGAAUAUGAGUUUAUCUGGGAGAGUGCUUCUAAAUUAGCAGCAUCCUGCCUGCUGCUGGCCCUAAAGAUGAAAGAGCUUGGAGGAUGGACUCCAACUCUGGAACAUUACACUGGAUAUCACAUCACUGACUUGCACUCACUGGUGAGGAGACUAAACCUUUUACUUUACAGUAAGCCGGAUGAAAAGUUGAAGGCUGUGCGGUACAAGUACGCUCACAAGGUAUUCUUUGAAGUAGCAAAAAUUCCACCUAUCGAUGUUCUGAAGUUAGAAGACCAGUUGAAGGAGGACACAUGAUCAAAUGAAAUCCAGACAGUCUGGGAAAGUGGUGUUGUAUCAUCUGUAGUCAUAAAGCUGAUCUCGUGUAUAUAGUGUAUAAAUACUUGUGUAAUAUUGCUUUACUUCUACCUCUGCUAAGCAGAAACAAUUGUGUAAUUAAUCAUAAUUGUCACUUUUAUUAUGUAACAAACAAAUUCAAAGUACCUGAAUACCAAAAUAACUAAGAGAAGGAAAGAGGCUGAUCAGAUCAAAACAGCAAGUUCAACAGUUUUUUCCCUCCUCCAAUUUAAAACUUUGAAUAUAGUGUAAAUGACAAUUAGCUGUUGGCCUGUGAAAAACAUGGCACAGCCUGUCUUUUUUUUUUUAUUUCCCACAAAGAUGUUAAUAUUAAAUAGUCACAAUAUAUUAGACAUUUUGAUUUCUUAAACUUCAAGUUUAAAAAAGUAACUUCUUAACAUUGUAGAUUAAAGAUAACUAUUUAAAAAAUAUUGUUUUAUUGAAAGAAUUAAGGUACUGAGUGUCCUGCUCUUAACAACAUAUGAUGUUCUGUUCCUCUACUGUGUGAGUGAAAUUGUUCCUUUCUUUGAACUGAAAGUAAAUUUUCACUUUACUUGCACCCCCCCACCCCAAUUCCCUCCCAAGAAAAAGUUAUUGUAGAUUGGGGAAAGAUGCAAGAACCACGAGGCAAUCUACUCUGCAAUUCUUAUGAAGCUGCAAGCAAGUACUGCAGAGUGUCACGCUAAAAGGAUAACCUUUAAACUCUUCACGUCUAUUUUCCCUUCACCUUACAAUUGACUGUGUCUUUAUUGGUGCUUGAUCUGAUCCACAAAUUUCACCCUGCUGGGGAAAAAAAGCAUGCAACUGACUUUGUUUGCAAUCAAACUAUUUGAAAAUUAGUGCACAAUAUUCAAAUCACCUAGUUUUAGCUGAGAAGAAUGUAAUACACUUGCUCAGCAGAAAAACAGUUUGUUAAUCUUUGAUCUCUAAUGUUGGUAAAUUGUAAACUUUAAAGUUGGCCUCUUUUAAUUAAAAACAAUAUUUUUAGGUUUGUUUCAGGGACCACUUAUUGAUGUAGAUCAUUGUUUUCAAGUGCAAAAUAUUUGUGUUUCUGUUUAAUUGUACCAUUUUGUGAUGUUUGACCUGUUAAUAUUAUCUUUGACACUAUUUAAGCUAUGCUUUGGAAGCUCUGUCAUUUUUAUAUUCUUGUAUGUUGUAUUUGCUUUUCAGCAAAUAGUAUGUUUCAUGUGAAAAAAAGUAUAUAAAUAUGUUUGGAUAUCUCUGAUCAUGCUUUCAGCAUUUCUUAUUUAAGGGCUGUAUUUCAUUCCUGCAAGUAUGCCUAAGAUGCAUUAUUUUAAUGUUGGUCUUUUUUAAAGGUGAUCAUUCUGUCACUCCUUAAUGAUUUCUGAUGAUGUGACUAGCACUGGGUUCCUUGAUCUCAAAUCCAUAAUAAUCUAAGUGUUCUUGAACCAAAUACAAAAGUAGAUACUUUGACCUUUAAUUCAGAUUUGGAUUUUUCUGGUUCCUGUUUCGCAAGAGACAUUAAUGCUAAUUGAAUAGCUUGAAGGUUUUGAUGCCAGGAGUUGCCAUGCAGGAAAAUCAGACCAAGUGUUGUGCAGCUAGAUUUUGAACAAAAUUCCCUCUGUAAAUAACUGUAUUUGGUGCAAAUAAUAUAUACAGCAUUAUCACCUA